CCCGGCGCGGCCGCCGUAGCGUCCCCGUUGCCAUGGCUCCCGAGACUAUGAGUGCAGGUGCAGAGGCUUGACGAGGAAGCUUGACGGGAGUUCCCGAGAGUCGGGGUCGACUUCACGGGACCGCGAAACCGAGAGGCGACAUGGGCCGUAUCACAGAAGAUCUUAUCAGACGGAAUGCAGAACACAAUGACUGUGUAAUUUUUUCCCUGGAGGAGCUCUCCUUGCAUCAGCAAGAAAUAGAGAGACUGGAACAUAUUGACAAAUGGUGCCGGGAUUUAAAAAUCCUCUAUCUUCAAAACAAUCUCAUUGGAAAAAUUGAAAAUGUUAGCAAACUCAAGAAACUUGAAUAUUUGAAUUUAGCUUUAAACAACAUUGAAAAAAUUGAAAAUUUGGAAGGAUGUGAAGAGCUGACAAAACUUGACUUGACCGUCAAUUUCAUUGGUGAGCUGAGCAGCAUUGAAACCCUCCAGCACAACAUCCACCUAAAGGAGCUGUUCCUCAUGGGCAACCCGUGUGCUGACUUUGAUGGCUACCGGCAGUUCGUGGUGGCCACCCUGCAGCAGUUAAAGUGGUUGGAUGGUAAAGAAAUAGAGCGUUCAGAAAGGAUUCAGGCAUUGCAGAAUUUUCGAGUAAUUGAACAACAAAUCAAAGAGCAGGAGAAAGCCUACUGCCUCAGACGCACCAGAGACAAGGAAGAGGCUCAGAGGAAACUGCAAGACGAGGGUAAAAAUGAAGCCAAGGAGGAAAGAAGUCAUCCAGACUUGGAGGGACACUGGCACCCAGACAUGAAUGCUCCUCGCCCACUGUCUGUAGAGAGUAAAGACCUUCAGGCACCAGAAAUGCAAGAAGAGGAAUGCAGGAAAAUGGAAUUAGAGGUCAGCAAAGAUGACCUGGAAUUCUGGAAUAAGCCCUCUCUGUUUACUCCUGAAUCUAGAUUGGAAACUCUCAGACAUAUGGAAAAACAACGGAAAGCCCAAGAAAAAUCCAGUGAAAAAAAGAAGAAAGUGAAACCACCCAGGAUUUUGGUCACCAAAGAUGGGAAAGCUCUGAAUGUAAAUGUGCCCAAACUUGACUUCUCUUUGAAAGAUGAUGAAAAACAUAACCAGAUUAUCCUGGACCUUGCUGUCUACAGGUAUAUGGAUACAUCUUUAAUUGAUGUAGAUGUGCAGCCGACUUACGUGAGAGUAAUGGUCAAAGGAAAGCCAUUUCAGCUGGUUCUUCCUGCAGAAGUCAAGCCUGGCAGCAGCUCUGCUAAAAGAUCUCAGACAACAGGGCAUUUGGUGAUCCACAUGCCCAAGGUAGACCAAGUAAUCACAGGUUGUGGACGAUCAUCAAAGCCUGUGAAAAGUACCUUGGACAGCAGCCAAGGGCAAACGAGCAAAAGAAGCAAGCAAAUUGAGAAGCUAGAAGUGGAUCCUAGCAAGCACUCCUUCCCCGACGUGGCUAACAUAGUUCAAGAGAAGAAACACAUGCCCAGAAGAAUUCGGUCUGAACCCAAAAUGAUACCAAGUGAGGAAGAUCCCGACUUUGAAGAUAAUCCUGAAGUGCCCCCAUUGAUUUGAACCAUCAGGCUGCAUUGGCUGUGACCUUCCAGACCCCGUUUUGCUCAGUGUGGACAGCGUGCAUAUCAUUUAUGGGGUAAACACAAAGUUAUCUUUCAAUAUCACUACUCCAGUGUUUUAACUCCUACCUCGUAUAUCUAUACUCUUAAACUAGUUUAAAAUUAAAAUGUGUAAAAAUGCUAUAACUCAUUUGUUUAUAACAAAAGAUUGGCUAGUGAGAAUGUUCAGUAAACCUAGGACUAUUACAUAAAAAUGUUGAUGAUAAAUCACAGAAGUGCCUGCUUAUGCAGAUAGAUGAAGUCAUAGAGGACUGAUGAUUAAAUCGCCACCUCAGCAAACUGGUCAAGGUCGGAAGUUAAAGCCGUCAUUUCAGAUCAAAUUGGAAUGCUUUAGUAUGAUUUUAAGCAAUGUUUCACUUUUCUCCUCAUGCUGUGUCUGCUUUCUCUGGUGACAUGGGAUAGAGGGAAGAAGAUGAGUUUUGAAAUGAGACACCAGAGCUUGGAUUCCAGCUCAGUCACUUUGUAAAGAACUUCAGCAAGUCCUUUAACUUCUCUGAGCAUUGGGGGCUUUAUCUAUGACUGGGGAAUGAUAAUACUUACCUUAUACGUAGGUUUGCCUCAAGAGAAACAGCCUAAAGUGCCCAGCACAGAAUAAAGUGCCCGGCGCGGUCUCCGCCGUCCUCCCGUCCCUUGUCCCGACCUGCCCCAUCGCUCCCGUUUCUCAGUUACCUGUCUGCCUUCUCCUCUUUCUUCUCCCCGCCUUCUUCCUGCCCAUCCUACUCCUCCUCUACUUCCUCCUUCACCUUCUUAAUAUUAGUACCUCUUCUUUAUCUAGGUAAUUAUGUAAUGAAUUACAUAUUGUUACAUUAGAAUUAACAUUCCACAGACACUGUAGGGAAAGUAAUUGUUACCCUGAUCACAGCGUGCUGACUUUGAAUCAGGGCCCCAAACACGCACUCUGCAAGGCCUCGGUGAGCACCUGUGCAGGUCUAGGGGCUGUUCUGUUAAUCAGGGAGUCGGAGGUAACAGAGCAACUGAAUAUACCAACACGUACUACGUCAGGGAGUGACGAGAGCCCGUCAGAGGCGGUGCUUCCUGAAAUACUGUGACAGUGACUGUGGCGUUCACUGUGUAAGGCCACAGAUGGUAGUUCUGGCAGAAACACAGUAAGGAAGGAAGGCAAAGUCAUAUUCGAAAUAAGUAUAUUUCAGGGAGAACAAGGUGCGGCUCCUUCCGUAAUGGAAGUUCCAGCGUAACCAAUCUGCCAGCAGGUAGAUGGAUGGCCCCUGAGGGGUAGUGCCAUGUAAAGGCUUCAGUGUUGGUUUCUGCUAUUGUCCAUUGGUCACAGGGAUGCCUGCAAGUGACUUGGCACUCCUCCCAUCAAGAGGUGGAGUGUCUGACCUCUUGUCUCAAAUAUGGGCUAACUUUAGUGACUUGCUUCCGGCCAACAGAAUAAUGAUAAAAUGAUGCUACAUGGCAGACAAGGCUAAUCAAGAAAGGCCAUGCCACUUGCACUUGAUUCUCCUGGGAUACUCUCUCUGGGGCAUCCCCCUGCCAUGUAAGAGGUCCAGCUACCCUGGGACUGCUGUGCCGGAGAUGCCAUAGUGGGCAUUCCUGUUCACAGCCCCGGAAGCACUCAGAGCUGACAGCAUGAACUGUCAGACAUGUGAGCGUGCCAUCUUUUAUGUCCAGUGAUGACCAAAAUCAGCUGCGAUUGCAUGAGACAUGCCGAGUGAAAACUGCCCACCAAAAUCUGAGCCACAAUGUUGUGAGCAAACUAAAAUAGUUUUUUUAAUCCACUGAACUUCAGAAUGACUUGUUCUGCAGCAACAGCAACUGGAACAGAAUUUGGUACCUGGAAGUGGAGUGCUACCAUUAACUAAACCCUAAGACAUGUGAUAUUGCUGGGACCAGGGAGCUGGCUGACGCUAGAAGGACCUUGAGGUGGAGGAGAGGUUGAUUCCUCCAGAAGCAGACACUGAGAGAGAAGUGGGAGAGAUUUAUUGGGGAUAAUGCCUUGAAAUGAUAAAGAGGGAGCAGGAAUAGGCAGGGGAAGCCUUUAGAUUUUCGAUUUUGGACAUAAGCUACAUGAGGGUGGUGGAAGUAGAAGGAAUAUUGGCUAAAAGUUACCACAGACAGCACUGAAGCUCUGAGAAGGUCUCAGCCCAGUGGGGAGUGCCAGCCCAGGACUGUCUGUGGAAGAUGCGUGUGGUGGGCAGGAUGGCCGGGCCCUGGGAACCCUGCCAUACUCAGCUGCUGGCAGAGCUGCCUGCCAAGACAUCAGUGGCUGCAGCAGGCAUGCUGCUGUGGCAGAUCCGGGGCCCUCCAGCCGGGGCUCUGGGCCCUCUGCGCUCCUUGCGGCAUAUACUCUCUCCAAGAGACAACUGAGCUGCACACCAUGGCUGCCCCUAGAUGAUUACAGACCGCAGACGGGCCACUAGCCUUGAGGCUGCAUGGGAAGCAGGAAAACACUCUUCAGUGCUGCAGGAGAGGAGACCCUCCUGCUGUAGAGGAAGUUUAGCAAAACUCUUGCCUAUGGAAAGUUUUUAAUGCACCUGGUGACUUAAAGGAUUUAGUGACAGAGAUUUCCUAGUUGAAUGCCAAAAGUAUCAACCUGUGCCUUUUUGCUGCAAAUCAAAAGGCACAAAUAGUCUAUUUUCAAGCAGAAUUUAGAGGACAUAUAAAGGAACUAUCCUGGCUUGGUUCAAAAAUAUGCCUUUCUCUUCCCAGUCUCUCCCAACUAAAAUAAAAACCGGCCUCACCCUGUGGACCACAAUGUUGGUCUGUGUCCCCAGGAAUUACUAAACAAUUCAGAACCAGUGAAGAGUAAAGCCUGAGAAGUCUGAGUGUUUCUUCUCUCUCAAGGCACAGUCAUUCUGAGUAAGUGUGGGCCCCUUGACAAAAAGCUAGGAGAAGGUUUACAGAAUAGAAUUUUGGCAGCAUAGAGGGGUCCUUCCCCAAGGGAUACAACUGUGAAGCAGUGUCCCCAAAACAGAACAGCAAGUGCAAAGGCCCUGAGGUAGAUAAUGUUAGACAGCUUUCAGGAACAGCCAAUAAACCAGUGUGACCAGAGCAGGCUGAGCAAGGCAGUAUUAGGAGAGGGAUGGGGGAGCUGAUGGAGAGAGCUGGUCCUGACAGUGCUUAAUCUAGAAAGAUAAUCAUAAAGCUGGGGAAUUGUAUUGCCCCCCAAAGAAUAUCUUUGAGUUUUGUAGUGUUUUCUUCACUUUGUUUUUUGGGUUUUGGGGCGUUUUACCAAAUGUCUUCCUAUACCCAUCUCAUUUUUUAUCUUAACUAAGAAAUCCUGUAAACUAAGCAUUUGUUCAUUCUUCAUUCAGUUAUUGUUUGAGUGCACCUACUGUGGGCCAGGUGCAGGGAGUAUAUCAUGAGCAAAAGAAACACUGUCUCAAGUUUCACCCAGCUUAUGUUUUUGUGGUGCAGGUAAUUGUUAAUCAAUUAUACUAAUAAACUGAGCUAACUUCUCCGAACUCAUUCUCAUGUUUUACAGUUCUAACAAUGGAGAUUCGCCAAAGUUAAAUGGCUUGGCCUAAGAUCGCAUUAUGAGUUGUUAGGACAGGAUUCUCUUAAGUCAUUUUUGAAUGAGUUUCCAAUAUGAAAGAUUUUACCUAUCUAAGUGAAUAAGGUGAUUCAUGUGACAUUGUUUUCAAGGGAAAUAGCUACAAACCUGCUUCUUGAAUCUUAAAACCACUCACUCUCUUUGGGAAUGUGAACAGAGGCUUGAGAGUAGAGGGGGCUUUGUGGAAGAAGAUGUCUUUGGGAACUAGCUGUAGGCAGGGGUGGUGUUAUGUCUCCACUUUGUUUGGCUGAGUGUGGCUUCCAAGGGACUUCGGGGUGAAGAUGGACGAACAGUUAUCUUUGGAGGGAGCUAUUUCCUUUCUGUGUGUCCCGCCUCAUUUAGGGCUUCGACUUUGGAAACCAAGCUUAGUGAGGGGUUCUUGAAGGACUGUCUUUGCACACUGCUUCCUGAAGUUGGGGGCACACAGGCUGGCACCUGAGAAGCCUGGAACAGACAGGAUACUGGAGUCUGACUGCCGGGUGACUCAUGCAGAGAGCUGGAUGAGGGCUGGGCCAGAGGAGCGGAGAACGUGGCCCUCUCCCUAAGUCACGGGGGGCGGGGGCUCUGAGCGUUUCCUCAGGGUGGCCAGUGGGAAAUGACAGGCUGGGUCUCCGCUGGGGCUGCCUGGUGGCUGAGGCGCCUGGGGAGGAGGUUGGAGGUGAGCUGCCAUGUGCUGGGGCUGAAGAAGGAGUCUCAGAGGACUAACCCAGACAGGGGAUGUAGGGAAGGACAAAUGGGGAAUCUGAGAAUCCAUGAAAGAGCCUCAAGAGCCAGAAAAGGCAGCUCAACUCUCCUCUAGGCAGACAGAGCAGGAAGCCUGGCAGCUCUGCAGAAGAACCACCUUAUCUGUACCAGUUUUCACCCUGGCAGUUCCCAGCCUUGGGCUUGAGUGGGUAAGGGGAGGGAGUGGCUGCUCGGACCCAGCGAGGUGUCUGAGGGCCGUAGGAACCGGCGGGAGCUGGGGCCGUCUCCCAUGGGUGCAGCCCACAGGAGGGGGCAGGGGAAACAUCCUCACCUUCCUCUCCUCUGUCCCUCCAGACUCGGGGUACGACUUCUCUCUGACAAAACCCAGCGGGGAACCGGGGCCAAGGGGGCCUGCCGCGGGUCCUUAGGAGGGCACAGCCCAGAGGAGGGGGCAAGGUGAGGAGCUGGCACAGCACUCUGCUGCCUUCUCUCCCGCUCCCAAGCCUGCCCCACUGGAGGAUGGGGCUAGAGCCCCUGGAGUCCCGUAGAGGAACAGGUGAGCAGGACGGAGAGGGGCCACACUGCCCCCUUCUUUAGCUGCCAGUGCCCAACCUAAGCAGCCCGAGACAAGGCAGGAGAGGGAGAGGAGUGGGGAACAUGCAGUGCCAGGGUGGUGACCAUCGUGGGGGACAAUCUCAUUACCAAAUGGAGACUAAGUGUAUGAUUCAAAUGCUGAAGAUCCAUCUAUUCCCAAAGAACAAGUGGUAGUGCAGAGGGUCUGCCUACAUCUCCGUCCAGGGGUAGGGAAGGGCCACGCUGUUGAAGGAAGGACAAAGGCUGAGUACAAGACAAAAACGUGGUGUGUUUUGAUCACAGCUGCAAGGUGAACCAUUCAACAUCAGAUUUAUACUAAUAAUAACUCGGGAUUCCAGUUAUUGGCUGCUUGUUCCAGAUUCCCCCUGUGUUAGCCUCCUCACUCACUGCCUCCGCUCAUUUCAUACUUUCAGAAGGCUCAUGGCUUUGCCCCCCACCAGCUCCACCAGGGGUGGGGGUGCCUUUCACCCUCCUUCUAGUCUCCAGGAGAGAGAAGAACUUACCAGGUGGUGUCACCUUCUAUUCCCGAUGCUCACUCUCCAGUCCCUGCACUUUCUCUCCUGCUUUUCUUCCCAGAUUUUUACUGAGCAGCAUGAGCUGGCCCUUCUCUGUCACUGCCCAUCAUGACCCACUGUUCCCAGCACAGCUGUUUGCGUCUCUGCAUCUUUCUCCCAGCUGCCGCGACGAGCUCUGCAGCAGGGCCCCCAGCGUGUGAGUGGCCUGUGAGGGGCAAGAGGAGCCCCUUGACAGCGACUAUCGGGGGGGCAUGCGCAUUGCUCGGGCCCCAGGGUCUGAGUGGAAGUGUCCCCCUCCCUCACUCCCAGGAAGGCUGCCCUCCACUUGACAGCUGGGGCUGCAGCAUACAGUGUGUGUCUGUCACCAUUUGCAGUCUGUCACAGCUUGCCUGACACAUUUGGAUGGAAAGUGCUACCCCAUUUCCAGUUGACACAUGUCAAGCCAAUGUGGCUGUCACUCCUGUAGCAGACCUCAGCUUAAACUAGCUGUGCUUUUGUACGUCUACUCCCUAAUUUUUGCUCCUUUCAUUUGGUCUGGUGUUCUCUUUGUGCUAGAAAUAGGCUUUCAUUAGCUCUGCAGCUGGGUCUCUUUACUCAGCAAACAUUUACUAAGCACCUGCUAGGUUCCAGGGCCACAUCAAGUGCCGUGGAAGGUUCUCUUCUGAGAACCUACUCUCCGGCUCUCAUCUGCUUUCUGCUGAGUGCCUGCUCCCUCCAGCUCUCAUGUGAGGCUGUUACCCAGGCGGCCCUCCAGCCAUAUCCUUUUCUGCAUGUGCACACCACCCUGUCCCUGGACACUGGACCUGUUCCCAUUGCUUCCACUGCCGGCUCGAGGCACAUGCCCCUGAAAUGUCCAGUUCAGGCCUCAUUCUUAAAGUUCAAAUGACUCUCCUGGUCUUCAGUUGAGUUCAUUGCCUUCUCAAGUCUUUUCCUGCCACUUUACUUUGCUGCUCAUUUCCUGGCCUUUGUUUUGUAGAUUUACUUUCUAUUCACCCAGAUGAGAAAACUUCUCUGCUUCUUGUGUUCAAAUUCUAUUGGUAACUAACUGCUGUUACUUUUGGAAAGUAAUAAAUAGAUAAGCUAGUAAGUAAAUGUUCCUCUGAGUUCCGGGAGGCACUCUAGCACAUUAAUUGAGCUCAAGGAGGGGUUCUGUCUGUGGUGGAACAGGAGGAAGGAGAAGGAUCAGAAAAGGACAGAAGUGUGAGGGCAUGUUCCCCACAUGCCAGGCCCUGCCUCCUGGCUGCCCGUUAGCCCCUCUGCUCAGACAGCCACACUUGACCAUGGCUUGUUGCAAGGGAGGCUAGAGGUCUGUUAUUUUUAACUGUGUGUUGUUUUGCGCUAAGGGAAAACAGGAUUCUGUUAGAAAGGAAGAAUGGAAUAAUGCACAUUGUCUAGACAACCAGCAGCUUACUACAGUAGUCAAUUUAAUCCUACAGUUAGAGCAGUGAUAAUUUUAGGAAGUAAAAAUCCAUUUUAACUUUUGAAAGAUAUUUGUACUUGAUUGGGAGGCACUGUGGUUCUUAAGCACAGUGUAUCUCAUUGAAGAUCAAUUAGGUUACAAGGUUUUAUUUUUAGGUCACUUUCCAACACCUUGUUAGAGGGAACGUGUAUUGCCCCCGCUCCUGAUACUUCCCAACAUGUGGAUAAAUAUCUAUUAAUAUCACACGCUUGCUUCUCCCUCAUUGAAUCUGAACUGAGGCAGUAAAAACAGGGGUGUUAUUUAUUGUACCCACCACAUAUUUUAACACCAUACCUUCUCAUGAGAUUCCUCAUCCUCCCUUUCAUCAAGACUUACCGGUUAGAUUUUAACCUAUGUAAGCCUUGGUUGCUUCAACAGCCUCUGAAUUAUUCCACUUCAUUCUCCUCCCAUCUCCCCGGAGAGCAGGGCCAUAUGUUAACGUGUGUGGUUCCCAAGAGCCUGCACAGAGUCUGGCCUGUAAUAAGCUGUUUGAAUGACUCCCCAACACUGACCUUAGAAUGUCUGUCUUUUACAUCACUGCUUUACUCAAACACCUCCAGAGGCAAGAUAUUCUGGACCUGAAGUCUGGUUCCCUUGUGGGUUAGCUUUGCUGACCCGGACCUGGGUCGAUACCUUGGUAAGCCCGCCCCCAGAGAGCACCGUUUCCCCCAGACCCGGCAGGUUCCCUCAGCCAAUUCCUUGUGCAGGAAGGCAAUGGAGUUUUAUGUCCCCAAACUCUGGAUUCGAAUAAUCCAUUUCAAGAAUGCUUUUCUAGACUGGAAAGUUCUUAUACUUGAUUAUCAGUUAUGCUACCACCAGACGCAUCACAGAUAAAAUCUCCAAGCAGAAUAACCCCACAAUGUGGGGAGCAUCAGCCCCAUUUUACAGAGAAGGGGCAUGGGCUUCAUUGAGAUCGAAUGACUUCUUCACAUUGUUUUAGUAAGAACAGUCUGGGUUGAAACUCAGAUCUAUUUUAUUUCAAAACCAUGCACUUCCUACUACAUGUUUCUUUUAUACUAUACCAUACUGAUUUAUAAGAAACAUAUACAAAAUUCUAUAUAUGGGUAUCAAUAAGAUCAUAGCCUUACCUCCAUUGACAUACAAAGAAUCCCAAACUCUCUCCUCGUAUCAAAACAUUUGUAGUGACUCUUUAUUUUUUUAUUGCAAUGUCUCUUUAAAUCAACCCUUCACUCCUUUUUCUCUAUUAAUUAGCCAGGUUGCUAAGCUGGCACAGUGAAGUGGUGUUAAAGUGUCCCCAAAUUAAUAGUGCCUCAUCAGCACUGAGGCAGGGUGUGAAAUUACCUUCCGAAGUGUCACCUGAAUGCAGUUAGCACCCCCUCAGCUACUGACUCCAGACAAGAAUGGGGACUCAGCAGAAAUGUCAGGUCUACAUUAGCCAUCAGCAGAAUCCUGGGGUCAGAGAAGGUGAAGCCCUUGCCCCCCAGUGCCCUUCCAGUCCCUCUGCUCCCUUCCAUUGCACUGUCCCUACCACACAGGGCCCAAGGCUUGCAGAACUAAUUGUUCCUGAUCAGCAUCAUCCUGUCCCUGGCUCAGCCCUUGAACAGAGCGCACUGUGUUCCCAGGCAUCUGGAUAGAUCAACUGUGAGUUACGCUAAUGGGACAGGUCAGGGACAACUCCCUGAUGCCAUGGAAACACUGCCCUUGCCUUCAGUGUUGGUCUCACCUGCCAGGACCCUCCAUGCUUCAUGAGAGAGGAGCUGGGGUGUGGCAAAAUAAAGGGGAGUUCCCUGGGGCCCUCCAAGUGGAGCUUCGUCCACGUAGGUCUUCAGGCAGCCAACCUGUGGUUAGCCCUGCCUGGGUUGUGAAUUUCCUCUCCAGCGUCAACUCCAGUGAUUCCAAAAGCAGCCAAUCUCGGUCUUUAAAAGUUUAACAAGAGUUAAAAUUCCUAUUUGAGAAGAAACUUAUUCAUUCAUUCAUUCAUUCAUUCAUAAAAUAGAACAAACUCAGGCCAGUUCUGCUGUCUUAUGAUGAAACAUGAAACUGCCUCUAGGCUAGAGAGGGGCCCCAUCAUUGACAGGAAGACUGUGGUAUGGGAAACACUGUGGUACAACAGAAACCCCGUUUUCUGGGAACCAGCCAUGGGUUCCCAUGAAGACAGGGCAAAUCCUUGCCCAGCCGCUUAUCAGCUGCAUGAGCCAGGGGGAGCUGCAGUUCCCCCUUUGAGCCUCAGUUUCCUCAUCUGUAAAGUACCGUUAAUAAUAAUGCCAAUUCCAUAGAGUUGGUGUGAGAAUUAAAUGCAUGUAAAGCUAUGGACACUUGGCAAACCCCUCAACAACAGUGACUUACCAAGGUGACAGUGGUGAGGAUGACAUACGGUGACAGUGGUGAGGAAGGUGAUGGCUGUUUUGAUGAUGGAGAAGAGUGAUGCAAAUAAAGUAUUUAGUAAAGGAAACAGUGUGGUAUUGGGACUGAAUAGAGUCCAAAAGUGACAGCUCUCCUCACAGACACUUGAUCUGUAACAAAGGAGAGACUGGAGAGCAAUAGGGAGAGAAUAGUUGCUUCAGUGAAUGGUGCCAGAUCAAGUGCAUAUCUGUAUGGAGACAAUGAAACUUGAUUCCUACCUCACACAAAACUCAACACCUAAAAGGUUAUUUUUAGAUCUAACUGUGAAUGGUAAAACAAAGAGCUUCUAGAACAGUGCCACCUUGCUUGGACCUUCCUGAGUACAGAAACCUAUCUGUCUGCACAGACCAUUCAGUGAGUCACACUUGAAUAGUGAACCAGGAAACAUGUCUUCAAAGCAUAAAUAAGGGCAGCUGCUUCCUCUGUCUCCCUGUAUUCCACCUGUGGCUGGGCCUCUAAUCUGGGUCCCUGCCUCCAGGUGGGUGAACGGUUUCAGGACCAUUCAUAUCCCUAAGCGCCAUCAACAUCCCAGCUGCAGAGUUCAGCCUCAGGGCACGUUCUUUGCCAGAUGACCCUGCUUGGAAGGAUUUGCAGAGAUGCAUGGAAUCAGUUCUUAUUUCCCAUGUGGUUAGUGACCUUUUUGUGUGGCUCCAUUGGCCAGGCCCUGCCAGCACCGAAGGUGAGUGUAGGAUUCAGGCCGUCCAAAUACCUGUGACAUUUCCGUCUGGCAGGAAAGGUGAGUAGUGGUCUCCUGAGGCCAGCUGUGUACUAGCCAUGGGGCUAAGAAGUCUAACCUCAUCUCUAACCUGUGCAGCAGUUCCAUGAAGUCCUAAUUUUAUAGAUAAACUGAUUAGGCAGAGAGGUUAAUCAGUUUUUCAGGAUCACACAGCUAACAGGCAGAAUAGCCAAGAGUUAACCCCAGCCCUGGACACCUCCUCCGCGUGCUGGCUGUGUCACGAGGCCAGAGAGGUCGGCCCACCUCCAGCUUCUGCCUACAGCUGGUGGCGGAAAUCGGACAUCUGGAAGGGGACUGGGCGGGACCCACCUGGCUGUGCUUCAGCCCAGUCCCAUCCCCACAGAAGACCUUGAAUGCGCUCCAGAGAAGGGAGAGGCAGCAGUGGUGCAUGCCGGGAGGGCCUGAAGUGCUGCCGCUGUGUCCAGCAGCCCUGCUGAAGGCCGUUCUGGGAGCUUUGGAUGAUCAGUAGGCAAAUCAGAGUCAUUUUAAUCAGUGUCUAUUUUUAGAAAUAUUUUAAAAAUACAAUUUAAAGUGUGUUCUUUCAUCAACAAUGACUUAAUUCAUAAUAAACCAGAAACACAUCCUUUUCAUGGCAGAUUUGGUUAAGUGAGGCUAAUCUAAUGUUACAAAAAUAAUAAUGCUAAUAAUAAUAAUAACAUUUAUCAAGCACCUACUGUGUGCCCUUCAUUUUAUGCUAGCAAACAUCGGUUGAGCACUUGCUGUGUUCCAGCUGAGGGCACAGUAAAACAAAUGGACAAAAAUCUCUGUCCUCAUGGAGUUUUUGAUUGAAGGCAGACAGACAAAAAAUAAAGGGGCAAACAAAUAAAUUAACAAGUCAACCAUGCAGUCUAAGAGGUAUGGAGAAAAAUAAGCAAGGGAGAGGGAUGGAGAGAACCCUCUGAUUUUAAAUGGUGAGGUCAGGGAGGAGAGCGUCUAAGCAAAGAACAAUGAGUCAUCAGACUCAGUAUGGACUUCUUGGGGAAGAGGGUUCCAAGGAGAUUAAACAAAAGGCAAAGGCCCUGUGGUGGGAAGGAGCUGAGUUCCUUGGAAGCGUGAGCAGGAGACCACAUGACUGGAGAGGAUGAGGGGUCACAGUCGGGGAGUUAAUGGGGCCAGACUCUGUAGCACCCUGCAGAGCUUGGCCAGCACUUGCUUUUAUUCCAAAUGGAUGGGAGCAGGUGGGGAGGAGAGCAGAGGGUGGGUGCAGUGUGUACUGCAGC